CAUGGUUGCCACUUUGAAUGCUGAAUGUGCAUCCAGAAAGCUGAUGAUUUGUUUAUAUCUACUUUGUUUUUAUUUGUAUCCUAUGUUAACUUGAAUUGUAUCUACCCUACCAGACCUAUAAGUCGUGUCUAUCAGUACAAGUUAGCGAUGGCGACCAUUAGAUUUGGAACUUCCUGCUCCCCGUGCAGUACCUCUCCUGUCCUCAGUGCACAGUUCGAUGAAGAAACGAACAUUAAAGAAGAAAAAGGAAACUGUGACCCGGAAAAACUUCUCAAGUGCCCUUUUGACAAGAACCACCAAAUCCGUGCCUGCCGCUUCCCAUAUCAUCUUAUAAAGUGCAGGAAGAAUCAUCCUAAAUUGGCAAUGGAGCUAAAAACUUGCCCAUUUAAUGCGCGCCACCUGGUUCCUAAGCAUCAGCUGACCUAUCACACGGAGACCUGUGAGGAUAGAAUAUCUGUGGAAACAGAAGCAGGCGGAAGCACACGUGGACUCAGUAAAUGGCAGGUCCCAGUCAGCACUUGGGUAAACCAGAACAUGACUGAGGAUUGGGAUGAAGAGGCUGAUGAUGAUGCUACUCCGUUUGUGUGGGGCGUGAACACAGUCCUGACGCAAAAGCAAGAAAUGAGGCCCACCAACAACCUUGGUCCAAGUAGAAUGCCUAAUACCCUUCCCUGGCCCCAGAUAUAACCCAAAAUGGGUGCUUUGCUUAUUUUAUAUUUAGGUUCAAGUUGAAGCAGUGUCAUU